GGCUAGCUGGGCCUGUACCUUUUCUUUUUAGAAGUGGGGUUGGGUGAUACUGAUGUACGGUGGAGUCUUUAUUCCUCCCCACCCCUGGGGGAGUUGAUUUUGGGGAGGCAGAGGGGAAGAAUGCAUGGAAUGGAACCCGUGGAAUUAUAUUAGCUUCAUUUAGCUAAUAAGAACUUGUGAGAGAGCUUGGCCUUUUCCCGAUUUUUAAAUUUUAGGAAUAAUGCCUUUUAAGUUGUGGGGUUGAAGACAGACCAUGUACGUGAAGCCCUUAGCUUUGGUUUUACAAAUCAUAUUCGUGAUUACGCAGCUUUCUCCCAUUAAUACUCAGGCGUGUCCUCGCCGUUUUCUUCUCACAUCUCUGAGAGAGAUGCCUAGUAGGGACAGCUGUUUUCUAGACCUGGAGAAAUGCAAAGUCCUCUCUCUUUAAGACAAAUGAGCAUUCCAAAAGGUUUGGGAUAUCUGACCAUUAUGGCACCAAGAAACUUCUUGUGUAUGAGAGGUAACUUUCUCUUUGGUUCAAGAUGUUGGAUGAUCCGCUUUCCUGCAAAAAUCCUCCUUAAAUUAGUUUCGUUUAGGCUUUACAGCGUGAAGUGUGGUAAUACAGACAAUGAGUCUUCAGAGAAUGAAGAACUACUGAAUAACCUACUUAAAAUGGGAGUAGAUGUUGACAUGGCGAAAAAACGACAGCCUGGAGUUUUUAAUAGGAUAGGAACUAAAGAGCAAGACCUGAAGAUGUUCCUUCUAUCCAAAGGAGCUAGCAAAGAAGUGAUUGCUAGCAUUAUAUCAAGAUAUCCACGAGCCAUUACACGCACACCUGAAAGUCUUUCAGAACGGUGGGAUCUGUGGAGAAGAAUUACGACAUCAGACCUUGAAAUUAUAAACAUCUUGGAACGUUCUCCUGAAUCUUUUUUUCGGUCCAGAAACAACCUAAACUUAGAAAAUAAUAUCAAGUUCCUCUACUCAGUUGGAUUGACCCAUAAAUGCCUUUGUCGAUUGUUGACCAAUGCCCCACGUACCUUCUCCAAUAGUCUAGAUCUGAAUAAACAGAUGAUUGAACUUUUGCAAGAAGUCUGUUUGUCAUUGGGUCACAAUGAGCCCAGAGAUUUUGUUGGGAAGAUAAUUUUUAAAAACCCUUUCAUUUUAAUUCAGAGUACCAAACGGGUGAAAACUAACAUUGAGUUUUUACAGUCAACUUUCAACUUGAACAAUGAGCAGCUGCUCAUUCUGCUAUGUGGUCCAGGAGCUAAAAUUCUAGACCUUUCCAAUGACUAUGUCAGCAGAAACUACACAAAUAUCAAGGAGAAGCUGUUUUCUCUUGGGUGUACUGAAGAAGAGGUGCACAGGUUUAUCUUAAGCUAUCCAGAUGUGGUCUUCUUGGGAGAGAAAAAGUUUAAUGAUAAAAUAGACUGCCUCCUAGAAGAAAAAAUUAGCGUAUCACAAAUAAUUGAAAAUCCUCGGAUUUUGGAUUCAAGCAUAAGUACUUUAAAAAGUCGAAUCAAAGAAUUGGUAAAUGCUGGCUAUAAUUUCAGUACAUCAAACAUCACUCUUUUAUCUUGGAGUCAAAAAAGAUAUAAAGCUAAAUUGAAAAAGUUAAACACUGAACAGAACAUUGUUCUAGGGAAUUAAAAAGUAUCUUAUAAUGUAAUGAUAACCUCAUUUUGAAUUUGGGCCUUUCAAAAAGGAGAGGUUUGGUUUCUUAACUGUAUAUACUGUAUAACCUGCAAAAAUUGCUGCUAAUGAUCCUUUGGAUAUUUUACUGUAAAGGCUUGUAAAAACUCAUGGUCAGGAUGCUCUAGUAUAGUUUUUCCAGUUAUCUUUUCUCUAGUUUGAAUUAAUACAACAUCCAAUUAUAUGAUACAGGCUGUGACUGUCCUAUGAAUGGUAGUUUCCUGAGUGUAGGACAGAACAAUAUGUGGAAAGAUAAAAAGUACAAAAUAAGCUUUUGGUUCCUAUUCAGAUUAAAAAAUCAACAGAGUCAUUUGGAUAGUUCUAUUUCCUCUCAGGGUUUUGAAUGGCAACUGAUUUCUCCUGUUCCCACAUAUCUAAUUGUGGCUCAUCUUCAAAAUAAAAUGCCAGUAAAAAUCUGACAAACCAGAAAGGAGGGGUUUUUAUCUCAAGUUCUACAUUCUCCAAUUAAACCAUUAGUAUGUUCCCCCUACCCCCCCCCCCCAACUUAGGCUCAAUUUACUAUGGGUAUAUCCUGAUUUUCUUUGAAGAAAAUGGCAACUAUGAUGGGCAGAAAAAUGGCCACCCAAAGAUGUCAGUGUCAUAAUUCCCAGAAUCUGAAUGUGUUAUGUUACACUGGAAAAGGACUUUGCAGAUGCAAUUAAAUUACAGACCUUAAGACAGGGAGAUUAUCCCAGAUUAUCUGUGUGGGCCCAAUGUAAUCAUAUGGGUCCUUCAAAAUGGAAGAGGGAUGUAACAGAGGAGGUCAGAGUAAUAUGAUGUAAGGACUUGACCCUAUUUACUGGCUUUGAAGGAGGAAGGGACCAUGAGCCAAGGAAUGCAGGUGGCCUCAAAGAAAAUGGAAAAGGCAAGGAAAUGUUCUCCCCUAGUGCUACUAGAAAGGGACACAGCCCUGCUGGGACCUUAAAUUUAGCACUCUGAGACAUGUGUCAAACUUCUGACAUUCAGAACUAAUAUAAUCAUUUUGUGUUGUUUUAAGCCACUGAGUGUGUGUCUGUUGUUACAGCAUCGAAUAGAUGAAUAUAGGAACUAAAUGAUAAUUAGUUGCAUUAUAGGUGAAGAAGUCACAAAAUAUGGUUCUUUUAGCAUAUCUGUGUUUCUUUCUCUUGUAAUUAACUUUUUUUAAAUCCACAUACCUUUUUGGAAUGAUGACUAAGUUACUGUUUGUGAAGACCUCUAAAUGUAUAAAAAACUAAAUGUAAGUAAUAAAGUCUAAAUAAAGAAAUAUUUUUACCUGAUAAUGUAGUUUAAAGAAAUGGUUAUAGUUUCUAUAUAUUUAUGUUUUAUGGGAAUUUCAUCUAAUAUAAAUAAAGAACAAGAGAUUUUUAGAUGCACUGACUUAAAAAAUGACAAACCAGGUAAUGACUUGAAGACAUUUGCAAUCUAGCUCUGAUUUGAACUGAAAGAGAAGGGACAAAUUAUAUGACCUUAGUUACUUUCCACUGUUUUCCAGAGGCAUUUGUUUUCUAGAUAUGGAUUUUGAAUUAAAUAACAAUGGUGCUAAACCUCUUAAACCUUAUUUCCUAUCAGUGAUACCUCCAAAAAACCGUUCAUGACAUGGAUAGAAACAUAAUGCCUGUGGCCUUUUUCAAGGCCAUUUUAUGUCAAUGAUAGUCUUAUAAUUAUUUCCAAUGCACUAUUUGAUGGCAAGUAUGGCAUGGUUAAGAAAACAUAGGCUUUAGAGAGAUACUUAUUUAGAGUGAUAUAUCUGGGCAUCAUUCCUGACCGGCUCUGCACCUUUGUGUAAAUAUUUUAACUUCACUGAACUUGUUUUCUCAGCUGUAAGAUUAAAAAUUGGCCUCACAGAUGGCAAAUAUCAGAUGAUAUGGAGUCUCUAAGUCUUUUUGCAGAUGGUAACUGUCCAAUGGUAGCUGUAAUACAGUUAUAAUAAUAUUUUUAAAAAUAGAUUUAUGGAUAAAUAAUUCACAUAACUCACCAACUUAAAUUAUACAGUUCAAUAUUUUUUAUACUCCUAGAGCUGUAUAAUCAUCACAAUCUAAUUUUAGGAUAUGUUUAUGCCCCCUAAAAGAAACCCUUUGCCUAUUAGCAGUAAAUUCCCAUUGUCCCCUCCCUUCCCUGGCCCUAAACAACCGAUGAUCUACUCUCUGUCUCUCUAAAUUUGUUUAUUCUGUAAUUUCAUAUAAAUGGAAUUAUCCAAUAUGUGGUCUUUUGUGACUGGCUUCUUUCACUUAGCAUCAUGUUUUCAAGUUUGGUCCAUGUAGCACAUAUCAGUAUUUUAUUACUUUUUAUUCCCAAAUAAUAUUCCAUUGUAUAGGUAUAAUAGUAUUAUUGGGAGUAAAUAUUAUUGUUAACAAAGCAUUGGUUCCCUACAUCUUCUGAAUUUUAUGAAGUAUUUUCUGAGGCAUUGCUUUGGAAUUUAGCAAUAAGGAACCUGAGGGACGUGGGUGGCAGAAGAGAUAAAACAUUAUUGGCAUCAAAACUGGACGGCUCCAUGCAAAAGAAUGAAACUGGGCCACUUUCUUACACCAUGUACAAAAAUAAACUCAAAAUGGGUUAAAGACCUAAAUGUGAGACCUAAAACCAUAACUCUUGGAAGAAAACAUAGGCAGUAAUCUCUUGGGCAUCAGCCUCAACAAUAUAUUUAUGGAUAUAUCUCCUCAGGCAAGGAAGACAAAAGCAAAAAUAAGCUAUUGGGACUACACCUGAAUAAAAAGGUUUUGUACAGCAAAUGAAACCUGCAAGAAAACAAAAAGGCAACCUAGUGAAUGGGAGAGAUAUUUGCAAAUGAUACAUCUGAUAAGGCAUUAAUAUCCAAAAUAUAUAAAGAACUUAUACAACUUAACAACAACAACAAAAAAAUCAAACAAUUUGAUUAAAAAAUAGGCAGACUGGGGUGCCUGGGUGGCUCAGUCAGUUAAGCGUCUGACUGGAUUUAAUCUCAGGUUAUGAUCUCAUGGUUUGUGAGAUCAAGCCCCAUGUCGGGCUGUGCUCUGACAGCCUGGAGCCUCCUUGGGAUUUUCCCUCUCCCUCUCUUUGCCCUCCCCCUUCUCUCUCUCUCUCUCUCUCUCUCUCUCUCUCUCUAAAUAAACUUAAACAAAAAUGGGCAAACUAUCUGAAUAGACAUUUUUCCAGAGAAGACAUACAGAUGGCCAACAGAUACAUGAAGAUACUCAACAUCACUAACAAGGAAAUACAAAUUAAAACCACAAUGAGAUAUCCCCUCAUGCCAGUCAGAAUGGCUACUAGCGUCCAUGUGUUGGUGAGGAUAUGGAGAAAAGGGAGCCAUUAAUGCACUGUUGGUGGGAAUAUAAAUUGGUGUGGCCACUGUAGAAAACAGUAUGGAGGUUCCCCAGAAAAUUAAACAUAGAAAUACCAUAUGAUCCAGUAAUUCCACUACUAGGAUCAGCAUAUAUGAAAUAAAUGAUACCUGCAUGUUGAGUUGGUGUGGGUGGGGGAAGCAAGCAUAAUUUUAAGUGUUAAGCUUUACAUCCAAAAAUUAUUAAAAAUCCCUUCUCCAGUAUUUGCUGUAUUCUCUUUAUGGCUAAUGUAAAUAAAAUAUAAAGGAGC